AUGAUAAAAAGCAAUCUCUUUUUUUCAGGUUCUUUACGGAUAGCCAAAGCCCUAGAGUCAGAUUAUGGAAAAUAUGAAUGCGUAGCUACCAAUGAGUAUGGAGUGACUUACUCUUAUGCUGCGAUGUUAUACAUCAGAGUACGUAGAGUCCCCCCUAUUUUCACCCUCCCCCCAAAGAGAGUGGAGGUGGACCCCAAUGGCAGCGUCAAUCUGACCUGCGUGGCGGUCGGGUCCCCCAUGCCACACGUUAUGUGGCGGGAUGGUGCCACGGAACUCGGAAAGCCUGUCAUAGGAAAGAAUGUCCUCCAACUUAAAAACAUCACCGAGAGCAAGAACUACACAUGCGUGGCGUCAUCUGACUUAGGAAACAUCGAACACAUCGGGGAGGUCAUCGUUAAAGGUAAAAUGUCUGUACAGCGACAUUUGGACUGUUUCUUUAGAAAUUACACUCUGGAAAGGUGUGUUCCCUGAACGUCUGCUCCCUAU